AUGCAAGUGCUCGACCGCGACGACGCCGUCGCCGGGCCCAAGCUUUUCGAGCGGACGCAUCCCGUGGUCAGGAAUGAUGAAGUCCGUGUUGGUAAACUCCAUCAGGUUUGUCGUCAACGUCCGCGUCGGCCGCGCCGUGACGCUGAUGGUCCUGCACCACUGCUCCGCCUCGAGAGGGUGGAUGAAGCAGCGUCUGGCCUCGUCGUUGUUGUCGGACAGGACCUCAUCGUAGUAGAACAACGGGCGCGGCAUCACGUCGCAGAUGUGGUCGUCCUCGUCAUCAAAGUAGCACGCGUAGGGCUUGUCGUAGCUGUCCCAGUAGAUGCCGACGUACUCGUCGAGCUGCUGUUUGGCCAGCUUUUCUCAGCGGAAAUUGGCAAGAUUGUUAUCGUAAAGGGUACGCACCUGCACCGUCACGAGGUCACGCCUUUCGUUAUGGUGGAAUUGUUUACAGACAGCACAGGCGGGUCAUAUGAUACAUCCAACUUUUGGCCCGGCAGCUGCGACCAAUUCGGACAGUUCAGCGGUUCGGCCUGA